UCUUGCAGAAUGUCAGGUCGCGGAAAAGGAGGCAAAGGCCUGGGCAAGGGUGGCGCCAAGCGCCACCGCAAGGUGCUGCGCGACAACAUCCAGGGCAUCACCAAGCCCGCCAUCCGCCGCCUGGCCCGCCGCGGCGGCGUCAAGCGCAUCUCCGGCCUCAUCUACGAGGAGACGCGCGGGGUGCUCAAGGUCUUCCUGGAGAACGUCAUCCGCGACGCGGUCACCUACACGGAGCACGCCAAGCGCAAGACGGUCACGGCCAUGGACGUGGUCUACGCGCUCAAGCGCCAGGGCCGCACGCUCUACGGCUUCGGCGGCUGAGCGUCCAGGUUUUCACCUUCGCUUACGAAUCUCAACCAAAGGCCCUUUUCAGGGCCGCCCACGCCCGCUGAGGGGCCGCAGCACUGACCGGUCGCUGUCGCUUGGGAGCCCGCGGCCCGGCCUGGGGCGCGCGUUCUCGGGUUUGGUUCCAGCUGGGCCGAAGCAGGUCCUUCCUGGACAUUUUGGUUCAGAUGUGGGUGAUGGACGUACGAGGAGCCCCAGGCCUGGGCCUUAUCUUGGACGUAGUCCCCACGGAGCAGCAAGUCAGUAAUUGCGUCGCUAUUGGGAUCUCGGGGAUCUUUCUUUUAGGUCCCUUGGGGAUAGGCAGUAGGGACGUAGGGAAAGUAGUGGGUCCAUGGAAGCUAUCAAAGCAUUGCACGAGGUGGGGUUUCAGAGCUCAUGUAAGGUGAGGAAGCUCAACGCCGUCGCCAGCCCAGAAGGAUUAUUAAAGUUGUCCUUACAAGACAGAAAACCUCCCAACGGAGGGUACGUGCUUAGGAACCCGAAGCCAUCCACUGGGGGGCUCUGUCCCCCAGCUCCCUGGGACAAGGGGCCCGCCUCGGCCAUCUCGCGACUCCGAGCUGGGAAACCUAUCUAGUACUCACCAUGUUUUGUCUAUCGUACACCCUGUAAGUUAUACCUAAACAUUACUUUAACCCCUUUACCUGGUUGCCUGUGAUGGUCUUCACGUUCUGGUUUAAUGUUUAAUAAUAAAACUUUA